UACCCUUCGGGGGGCAGGUCGAAGUUCGAGGCUUUCUUUGUUCUGCAGAUUGCUGUAAUUCUGGCAACGAAAAUGAUGGAUCCUGGAGCCGUUGAGCACUCCACGAGGUAAUGUACUCGCCCGUACUUUUACCCAAGGGUUGGAUGUCCGGUCAUGUCUCUGUAUGCUUGAUGCUAAUUUAUCUGAAGGCACUCUUCGUUAUACCAGAUUUCUUUCGAUCGUUCUUGGCCAUAUGAUUGCUACCAAAAGGUUGGCUUGCUGUAUAUUCGUUUUCCCUGGGUGGGUCCGCAGUGCGUGGGCUCAGGCCGGUAAGUGUUUCGUAUAUUUCUCGUCCGAGAUUCAGUCAAUCUUGAUUUCCUUUUCCUCCUGGAUAAGUGACCCAAGUACUCCGGGAGCUUUCCAACAGGAGGCUCGGUUUGACCCAACGAUGCUGGGGUGGGUACAAGGGUACGAUGCCGUUACCCGUACGCCAGUUCCCAGUUUUCUCAUCGUUCAGUUUCUCGCCGACCAUGAAUAUCAGCAAGUGGACCUGACUCGAUACAAAAGCCCAGUCAGGGAAGCCGAGCCUUGUCCAUCCAUAUUGGCCAGGUCGAUUGUGUGGAUGCAUUCCCAAUGCUUCCGUAUCUGAAACCAAUGAGGUUCCGGUGCCCACCAGUGCUCCAGUAUACAAUGGCCUCAUUGGAUUCUACCGGUAGCUGUAUGGUCGCA